AAAUCUCUACAAAGCAGAAGGCAAAAAUCACCAUAAAUUUGAAAACAAAAACUAUUCCACAAUCAAAUACAGUGAGGAUGAGGAGAUAUAUGAAAUACACUUUUACUAUGUUCUCAAGAUGAAUAUACUCUACACUAUGUCCUCAUUAAAGAAUGUCUUCUAUAUCCAAGCUGGACUUGGAGUCCUAGCCAAUAUGUUUCUCCUUUUUUUCUAUAUUUCCAAAAUACUAGGUGACAGAACUAAGCCCAUGGACCUGAUCUCCUGUCAACUGGCCUUCAUUCACAUAAUGAUGAUCCUCAGUGAAGGAGAUAACUUGCUUGCAAACAUAUUAGAGUCACUAAAAUUAGGGAAUGACAUCAAAUGUAAGACAACUUUUUACAUAAACAGAGUGAUGAGAGGCCUCUCUGUCUGCAUCACCUGCCUUCUGAGUGUGUUUCAGGCUGUCACAAUCAGUCCCAGUACUUCACUGUUGGCACAAUUUAAGAAUAAAGUAAAAAGACACAUUAUCUAUGCUUUUUUCUAUUUUUGGUCUUUCAAUUUGUCAUUCAGUAGUAGGUUGAUCUUCUAUGUUGCUGGUUUUACCAAUGUGAGUGAGACCCACCAGAUGCAGGUCACUAAAUCCUGCUCACUCUUCCCCAUGAACCACAUCAUCAGAGAAUUGAUGUUAACAGUGAUAAUCUCCAGAGAUGUGUUUCUUGUAGGAGUCAUGUUGACUACAAGCACAUACAUGGUGAUUAUCUUGUGCAGACAUCAAAGGCAAUGCAAACAUCUUCAUAACAUCAGCCAUCUAAGAGCAUCCCCUGAGAAAAGGGCCACCCAGACCAUCUUGCUGUUGGUAGUGUUCUUUGUGUUCAUGUACUGGUUGGACUUCAUCAUCACUUUCACCUCAAUCAUGUCAUGGAUGUAUGGACCCAUUGUGCUGUCUGUUCAGAAAUUAGUGAUGUAUGCCUAUCCCACAAUAACUCCUUUAGUUCAAAUCACUUCUGAUAAGAGAAUAAUCAGUAUACUGAAAAACGUGUACUCCAAGUUUCACUAGAUUUUCUAAAAAUGAUUAUUUCUCUUCCUUUAAAAAUUAUUCACUUAUUUUGAUUUAUAUAUACAAGUGUCAUACCUUUUCUAAAUUGCACAUCCUUCUUAAUCUUCACUUGUUCAUGUACAACAGUGACAUUCAUCAUAUGAUUCAAGUAGUUUAUGGUAUUACAUACAUAUAUUCUUUUGACAUUACAGAUGCCAUAUACUAUAAACUUUCAAGGUCAUUGUACCGCAUAAUUGCUCUUUCCACAUCAAUUCUCUUCUUCAUACUUUUUGCUUUAUCUUAGAAGUGUCCUUGAUUCUGAGGUUAUUCAAAGUAGCUACUCACUGAUAAAUGCUUUGUCAGCUUUUUCUUGAAGCCAUUUUAAUCUAUAUUUAUUCAUAAAUUUUAGUCAAAAUUGUAGCUUUAAUGAUGUUUACAAAAUUCAACAUUUUAAAGUUAAUAAUGAGUUUAAUAUGAAUUAAUGUUGUCCUUUUUUAAGUACAGUUACUCAAUUAGUCUCAUAUGAAACUUUAUUAAGUGUUUUUACUUGCUCUUCAUUUCAUCCACAUUUAUUGAAAUAUUAUUGAUAAAUAAAAUUAUUUAAAUACA